AUGAAAGAACAAGUUGCUGAAACAGCUCCACGAAGAAUGCAACUAGCGAUCACACAUCGUGAUCUUUUCAAUGAAAAUCGUGCACCAAUGGAAAAUGGAGUCUUAGAUACGCGUUUAGGUACUUCAGAUCACGAUAUUUUAUGCGAAACUUGUGGAGAAAAAAUGGCUCAAUGUGUUGGCCAUUUCGGUUAUAUUAAAUUGAUAUUACCAGUUUUUCAUAUUGGAUAUUUUAAAGCUGUCAUUAAUAUAUUACAAAAUAUUUGCAAAACUUGUAGUCGCGUCUUACUAGAAGAAGUAGAUCGACGAAUGUAUUUAAAACGUCUAAGAAGUUCUAAAGAGUCGGCUGCACGUACAAAACUUGAAAAGGCUAUAAAUGCAGCAUGUAAAAAGGUGGUGGAUUGCCCAUACUGUAAAGGAAUUAAUGGAUCUGUAAAAAAAGUAGGAGCACUUAAAAUCGUACAUGAAAAAUACAAACCAAAAAAAGCUCAAGAUGAACAAGAAAGGUUUAAAAAUACCUUUGUCAAUGCUGUUGAAACCACCCCUGAAUUGAAAGCACAUUUACAUAAAGCACAAGAAGAUUUAAAUGCUAUGAAAGUACUUGAUUUAUUUAAGAAAAUAUCCGACGAGGAUUGCGAAUUACUUGGAUUAGAUCCACAAAAUGCGAGACCAGAACUUCUAAUAUGGCAACGUGUUCCUGUACCUCCCGUAGCAAUUCGUCCAUCAAUUGCUCAGGAUAAUGCAAGUACAGAAGAUGAUUUGACAGUGAAAUUAUCUGAAAUUGUUCAAACGAAUACCAAUAUAACUGCAGCAUUGAAUAAAGGUGUUACUAUAUCACAAUUAAUGGAACAAUGGGACUACUUACAAUUAACAGUCGCUAUGUACAUUAAUAGUGAACUUCCUGGAUUGAGUAAUAUGGCGGGAGUUAAACCUAGUAGAGGUUUAUGUCAAAGGUUAAAAGGGAAACAGGGUAGAUUUCGUGGGAAUUUGUCUGGAAAACGUGUUGAUUUUUCCGGUCGUACUGUUAUUUCACCAGAUCCAAAUUUACGUAUCGAUGAGGUUGCUGUCCCGGAAUUGGUCUCAAAGAUAUUAACAUAUCCAGAAAGAGUAUUUGCACAUAACAUUGGUAAAUUACGUAAAUGUAUAAUGAAUGGUGCAGAUAUUCAUCCUGGUGCCAAUUUUGUUAUGAACAAAUCUGGAGGGAAAAGAGAUGCAUGCGCUGCUGAAUUGCAAAUUGGUGAUGUAGUUGAACGUCAUUUAAGUGAUGGGGAUGUUGUAUUAUUUAAUAGGCAACCUUCUCUUCAUAAACUAAGUAUAAUGGCGCAUUAUGUUCGUGUUAAGCCAGGGCGUACUUUUCGUUUCAACGAAUGCGUAUGUACUCCUUACAAUGCAGAUUUUGAUGGGGAUGAAAUGAAUCUUCAUGUUCCUCAGACUGAGGAAGCACGUGUUGAAGCAAUAGAAUUAAUGGGAGUAAAGAAUAAUUUGGUGACACCUAGAAAUGGUGACCCAAUCAUUGCUGCCAUUCAAGACUUCAUCACUGCUUCUUAUUUGAUCACUAAAAAGGACGUUUUCUUGAAUCGAGCACAAUUCACACAAAUUUGUUCUUACAUGGCGGAUGCUGCUAUACAUUUUGAUAUUCCUCCUCCUGCUAUUAUUAAACCUUUGAAAUUAUGGACGGGUAAACAAAUAUUUAACGUAUUGAUGCGUCCCAAUAAAAGUUCUUCUGUUUUGGUGAAUCUUGAAAGUAAGGGACGUUCAUUUGAAAAAAAGGAAGGACGGAUCCCAGACAUGUGCCCCAAUGACAGUUAUAUCGUUAUACGAAACAGCGAAAUUAUGUGUGGUGCAAUUGAUAAAUCAUUAGUGGGAGAUGGAAAUAAACAUUCUUUAUUUUAUACCAUUCUUCGUGAUUAUGGCCCUUUAGAAGCAGCUAACGCGAUGAAUCGAUUAUCGAAAUUAUGUUCUCGAUGGUUAGCAAAUUGUGGUUUUUCAAUUGGUAUAGAUGAUGUUCAACCAGGAGAAAUAUUAAGAGAGAAAAAAGAUAAUCUCAUUGCAGAAGCUAACAAAGCAUGCGAUGAGCUUAUUGAAUGUUCAAAAACAGGUUUAUUAGAUAAUCAACCUGGUUGUAACGAGGAACAAACAUUAGAAGCACACAUAUCCGGUAUCUUGUCAAAAGUUCGUGAUGAUGCAGGUCAAAUUUGCAUGACUGAAUUAAAUAAACAUAAUGCACCUUUAAUCAUGGCAACAUGUGGUUCAAAAGGUUCGAAAAUUAAUGUAUCUCAAAUGGUUGCAUGUGUUGGUCAACAAAUUAUUAGUGGAAGUCGUAUCCCUGAUGGAUUUCAGGAUCGUUCUUUACCACAUUUUCCAAAACAUUCAAAGACUCCGGCCGCUAGAGGAUUUGUUAGAAAUAGUUUUUAUAGUGGAUUAUCUCCAACAGAAUUUCUUUUUCACGCAAUUUCUGGUCGGGAAGGUCUUGUAGACACUGCAGUCAAAACUGCUGAAACAGGUUAUAUGCAAAGAAAGCUAAUGAAGGCUUUAGAAGAUCUCGCAAUUCAUUACGAUAUGUCGGUACGUAAUUCAUCGGGUGGACUAGUACAAUUUUAUUACGGUGAUGAUGGAUUGGAUCCAACGUAUCUCGAAGAUGAGGUUCUUCCGGUUGAUUUGAAACGUAAUUUACAGCACACUAUUAAUAUCGUUCCUUGUGGUAAAGAUCGGGCACUUUUACCUUACGAAAUUAAAGAAGUUGCCGAACAGGUAUUAAAAAGUGAUAAAUACUGUAAAUCAUGUACGCCUUCAUAUAUAAGUUCCCUGCAAAAGUUUAUUCAAAAAGAGCUAGUCGAAAAACUUGUUUCGAUACGUGAAGCUUAUAACUUAAUGCGAGCUGAUGAAAGACUUAUAGAUGAGUACGGAGAUGUUGAUGUUGAUCACGAUGCUUUAGAUUUGGCUCCUUUGAAGGCAGUCGUUAAUCACAAGUUAAAGAUAACUGAAAAACAAUUAUUGCAUUUUUUGGAUAUUUGUUUGAAUAAAUUUCUAAGAGCUAAGAUUGAGCCAGGUGCACAAUCUAUUGGUGAACCUGGUACUCAAAUGACACUUAAAACUUUCCAUUUUGCUGGUGUCGCAUCUAUGAAUAUCACACUUGGAGUUCCGCGUAUAAAAGAAAUCAUUAAUGCUUCUAAGACGAUCAGUACCCCUAUUAUCACUUGCAGAUUAGUCAAUGAUACAGAUGUUAAAUCUGCCAGAAUUGUCAAAGGACGACUAGAGACGACUUAUUUAGGAGAAAUUGCAAAAUACAUUGAUGAAAUGUAUGAACGCGAAUCAAGUUUUCUUGCUAUUAAAAUAGAUUUGGAUGCCGUACAAAAACUUCAGUUGGAAACUAACAUUAAAGAAAUUGCACGUGCGAUUGUCAAUGAUCGCAAGUUAAAAUUAGAGAUAUCAGGAAUUCGUAUUUCCUUACCUGAUGAAAUUAAUGUAUAUGUACCAGACAAAGAAAUAUCGAAAAAUCCUUUUGAUUCAUAUUAUAGAUUACAGAAUUUAAAACGUUCUUUACCCAAAGUUAUAAUAAAGGGCAUUCAAUCAGUGACAAGAGCUGUUAUCAGUGAAGGGAAAGCAGGAAAAAAACAAUUACUUGUUGAAGGAUAUGGUCUUAGAGAAGUAAUGACAACAGAAGGUAUUGUUGGAACGGAAACCACUAGCAAUAAUGUUAAUGAAGUUCACAAAGUAUUAGGAAUAGAAGCUGCUAGGAAUACAAUUAUUCAAGAGAUUCAAUAUACUAUGGGUCGCCAUGUUCUGGGAAUACAUCGAUUUGGUAUUUCUCAUAUGAAAAGUAGUGUUCUUAUGUUGGCAUCUUUCGAAAAGACGACAGAUCAUCUCUUUGAUGCCGCAAUACGCAGUAAACGUGAUUGUCUCGAGGGAGUAAGUGAGUCAAUAAUCAUGGGAAUGCCUAUGCAACUCGGAACGGGAUUGUUUAAAUUAAUAAGAAAAUCUCAUUUAGGAGAUGAAAAACCUGUAAGAAGGAAGUUAUUGUUUGAUUCUCGUGAAAAUCAUGCAAAAUUUGUAUACGGUGAUGUACAAAAUGAUAACGAAAUGGAAAUAUAA